AUGGCAUUCCAACCAUGGCGUGCUUUACCUGGCAAAGGCGUUCUGUUGCUUCUCAACAUCUUCAGCGCAAUCGCCCUGGUCUAUGAAGGUUACAAUCAAGCUGUCUACGGCGCCGUCUCCGGCACUCCUGGAUUCAUCGCCAUGUCUCAGAUCGGCGAGGGCACUACAGUUACCAAAUCGACAAAACAAGGAGGUCUUGCUGCAGUCUACUAUCUGGGAGCUAUCUUCGGUGGCUUUAUUGGCGGCUGGUUUGGUGACAAGUAUGGUCGAAAGAAGGGAACAUUUGUCGGAUCUGUCCUGUCGUUGAUCGGGUCUGCCAUGCAGUGUGGGUCCGUCAAUGCCGAUAUGUUCAUCGUCGCAAGAAUCAUUUCUGGUCUCGGCAUCGGCUUCAUCAACGUCUUGAUUCCGUCAUGGGUUUCGGAGCUGUCAGAAGCACAUGAUCGAGGCUCGACGUUCUCCCUUGUUUUUGUUGCCAAUUUUCUGGGAAUUUUCCUCGCUAACUGGAUCAACUUUGGCAUUCGAAACGCAGGCAUCGAGUUCAGAUGGCGAUUCCCCCUCGGCUUCAUGUGUAUUCCAAUGCUUAUGGUCGCCUUUGCGAUCUUUUUUGUUCCCGAGUCUCCUCGAUGGCUCAUGGCUAAUCAUAGAAGAGAAGGUGCCGUUGAUAUUUUGUGCAAGAUCAGAGGUGACAAGCACCCAAGCGAUCCUGCCAUUCAUGAAGAAUUGGAAUUACUCCAAGCUAUCGUUGAAGCAUCGCAUCACAAGCGAAACAACUAUGUCAACAUCACUCUUGGUGGCCGAUACUCCGGCAAGCUUCACCUUGGACGACGUGCAGUCCUAGGUCUGGCACUGCAGCAAAUUCAGCAGUGGACUGGUAUCUUGGUCAUGGUUUCCUGGGCUGCUAAAGUCUUUGAGCUUGCAGGUUUCAGCACAUACAAGGCAUCUUGGUUGUCUGGACUUCUGAAUACCUUUGGUGUGAUUGGCACUGCUGCUGCAGCACUUGUCAUUGAUAGAAUUGGACGACGAAACUCGCUUCAAGUCUCAUUCGCCAUCCAAGGUAUCUCGUUGUUCCUGGUUGCAGCUCUCAUCAAGACUUCUCAAGAUCGAGUCUUCACAAAUCCAGGUCAAUCGCAAACACUCGGAACAGCGGCCUCAGCGUUCACCUUUACCUUUGUCUUCUUCUUCUGUAUGUUCAAUAUCGUCCCUUGCUGGAUUUACGGGACCGAGAUCUGGCCUCAAGAAGUUCGAGCCAAAGGAUAUUCCUACACCAUUCUGGGUUGGGCUAUCGGCUGCGCUCGCGUCGGCCUUGAAGAGGUCGAUCUUCUCUUCGCUAGCGACAGUCUUCUGGUGAAGGACAAUGUGCUAGAGCACGAUCGUCGAGUUGCUGCCGCCGGUGGAAACGUUGCUGUCGCUGCUCGGAAGUUGCUCGAUGAGGUCAACGGUGAGACUCAUCUUGAUCCGCGAAGAGUCUCGGUCGACCAUGAGACUGGUCUGAACAAGAUAGGACCGGACACAAAUCACGUAGAGCUGGAGAAAGAGAAGGCUGACUCGUUGUAG